AUGAAUAAGCCUUAUGUCCUGCUCUACUUUGAUGUGAACAAGACUAUAAUUAUGCAUGACCAAGUGCAGAAUAAGACUCUGCCCCAUGUCCUAAACGACCUAUUAACAGAACACGCUUUAGGACGAAUCGACGGCGAGUCUCAUCAGGUCUGGAACUGGAAUGGAGAGAAAGCUUUGGAUACAACUCGAGAGAAAAAUAGUGUCAACUGUGUCUCGUAUGGAAACUUUCUGAGAGCUCAGUUUCCCAUUCCAGAUGACCCAAAUGUCGCCAAGAAGAACAAACACAUGAGAAAAAUGCUGCGUCAGGAGUUUACGACAAAAGGGAGUCCAGGACAGGGUUUAACAUCGCAACAUCAUGCACUACUGCAACAUAUACUGCUACCUGAUACAGCAGCAAGUGAAGCGCAAUUGGAAAAUGUGGGACUUGGAAAGUCAUCUUACUGUUUUAUUGUACCGGCAUUCUUUAAGCUUUUGCAGUAUCUUCAGAGACACGAAAUGUCAUUCAAUCUCAUUUUUAGGACAUUUGGUGAUGAUCUGCAUUCGGUAGCGAAUGAGUUCAAUAGUUUCUGUGAAGGACGACACCCGUGCUUUCCGCUGGCUAAACCUAUGGAUGGAUCGGAUGGAGGUAUUGACCGUCGCAUACAUCUUGAUAACAUAUCAAAUGGGAAAAUGCCUCAAUUUGGAACCUUUUUGCGAGCGGAGGGAACGACGGCGCUCAUUAUGGGCACUUUCAAGCAGCCUAAAUUAGUUGAUACAGUGGACCCUUUGACAUUUUACGCUUCUCAAACGGACUCUAUUCGGAUCAUACAAGGAUUGCCAAAGAUCCAUACUUUUCUUGCUCGGUAUUGGCGACAGUCGCAAGCGACAUUAGCGUUGCGUGACUUUUACCCGCAUUGGUUCAUUAACAAGGAAGAUGCUACUGCUGGAAAGUUGUUGACGUUGGACCCAACAGAUGAGGCUGAAAAUGUCCAUGCCAUUUUUUCGAUGACAACAUCUUGUCACAUGACGCGCAUAUUGUAG